AAGACGACGACGCUUGAUACAUUAGCUAGAGUACAACUUUAUAUUAAUCUGUGAUGUUGCACACAUAUACAAAUCAUCACCGGUCACUAGUCAGUAUAAAUCCAUUGCAUAGUGUGGGUAUAUAUCGACCGGCGUAUGAAAGAGAUAUUUCAAGGAGUGGCUGCAUUUCCUAGCAAGGAAAAUAAAAACAUGCAAUAGCAGGGAUGAAGAAAGGGAAUUGGCGUGACAGGGGCAGGGACCGUAGGCGACUCGGUUACCGCUCUGACUGGCAAAAGGACAGGACACAGGAACAAAGGUAUGGCAGCAGUGAAGCAGGCCCCUCCUACAGAGACAGGACCCCAGAGAAUAGGUCUAUUUCUGAUAGUGCAGCCUCCUCCUCCUCCUCCUCCUCCUCCUCCUCCUCCACUGCUCCAGAGCUGCCGGGGUUCUACUUUGACGCUGAGAAGAACCGUUACUUCCGUCUGCUGCCGGGCCACAACAACUGUAACCCUCUGACCAGAGGGCUGCUGCAGGAGAGAGAGCAGGAGAAACACAGGGCCAGGAUGAUCACUGAGGACGAGAGGCCCAGGAAGAAAACACCAAGAGCAGGCCUGAACUCAGCUCUGUUGCUGCAGAAAAGACACCUGGGUCUGCUGCCUGGGAACUCUUACAGUAGGCUGAUCCAUGAGGUGAAGGUGAGUGGGAUGAGACGUCACAGACUGGAGGUCCAGAGCUCUGAAAGCAGCAGUCCCAACACAGACCACUUUAGACUCAUAGUGGGUGACUCUGCAUGUGAGCGAGUGUUCACGGUUAACGACGUGUCUCACGGAGGCUGUAAGUACGGCAUCAUGAACUUCAGAGGCUGCAGCAGGGGCUCCCUGUCUGUCAAGAUGUGUGACAACCUCUACUUUACAAAUAGAAAGGUGAACUCUAUCUGCUGGGCCUCCGUCACCCACUCUGACUCACACGUCCUCCUGUGUCUGGUGGGCAUGGCAGAGACUCCUGGCUGUGUCAGUUUACUACCAGCCUCGCUCUUCAGCAACUCCAACCCAGACCAGCCGGGGAUGCUGUGUAGUUUUAAGAUCUCUACAGCCUGGUCCUGUGCCUGGUGUCUCAACCCUCAGGCUGACAAAACAUUUAGCACGGGUCUGUCUCGCAGGGUGAUAGUGACGGACGCAGUGACAGGCAGGAGACAGACCUAUGGCAUCGGCAGUGAUGUGCUGGCACAGCAGUUUGCCCUCAGGGCUCCGGUCCUGUUUAAUGGCUGCCGGUCAGGAGAGAUCUUCAGUAUCGACCUGCGUCAGAGAGGCAGACGGGACCACAGCUGGAAGGCCUGCAGGUUCUCCCAGGACUCUGCUAUCACCUCCGUACGAAUACUACAGGAUGAGAACUACCUACUGGCCGCGGACAUGAUUGGAGAGAUCAAGCUGUGGGAUGUACGAGUAACAAAACCAGUGCGGAAGUACGAGGGUCAUCAUAACCAACACGCCUACUUACCCCUCCACGUCAACGAAGCUGAGGGACUGCUGAUGGCUGUGGGUCAGGACUGCUACACCCGUCUGUGGUCUCUGGGGGACGGCCAGCUCCUGAGGACCAUCCCAUCUCCCCACCCUGCUGGAAAGGACAUGAUCCCCAGCGUGGUCUUCUCUUCUCAGCUAGGAGGCAACAGAGGCCUGCCUGGUCUCCUCAUGGCUGUCAGGCACGAUCUGUACUACUUCCCUUAUAACAGUGACUACCAGGAGGGAGGAGGGGUAGUGACUGAGGCUGCCUGUUAG